AUGUCUGAAGAAAAGAAAGAGGCUGUAGUUGAGCCAAAGGCUGAGGAAGUAAAGGAAAAAGAACAAAUAGAAGAAAAGGAAGUUGAAGAAGAAGAAGGCACUAACAAGAGAACCAGUGAAGAGAAGGACAAGAAGAAGCACAAGAAGAGAAGAAGAAGACAAUACGACGAUGACGUUCCAAAAGACUCAGAAACUAAAGAAGCUGCUGAAGAUGAUGAGGAAGAAGAAGAUGGCGAAUUUGACGAAAACAACUUGGAAAACGAAGAGGAUGUAGAAGAUGACUUGGCUGAGAUUGAUACAGCCAACAUUAUCACAACCGGAAGAAGAACCAGACGUAAAGUAAUUGACUUUGCUAAGGCCGCAAAGGAAUUGGAUGCUGAAAAUGGAGUUGUUAGAGAAGAUGACGAAGAAGAAGAGGAUGGAGAAUUUGAAGUUAAGGAAUAG